AGGUAGAAGUACUCACAGAAAAUAGAGAAGAGAAAGAUAUAAGUUUGUGUAUGCAUAUGGAGGCUGUUUUCAGAAAAUCAAUUCAUGGAGGUGUAGUCAAACAGGACAUAAAGAUUAAAGCUGGUGAGGAAGGUUUUGUCGAAGAUAUUAAUGAUCUUAAGGUUGGAAAGGAAAGAAAAUCAGUACAUAAUGAGGAGGAUAAUUCGAACUCCUCUCAGCAAAAGGAUCUCACCGGGGACAAAGAGGAUGAUCAGCUGGAAUCAGCCAAAGCCGAUAUGGAAGAAGUAAUGGAAGAAAAUCAAAGGCUAAAGAAACACUUAGAUAGAAUUAUGAAGGAUUAUCGGAACCUUCAGAUGCAAUUCCACGAAGUUGCUCAAAGAGAUGCUGAAAAACCUAAUAAUGUUAAACAUGACGAAGCUGAAUUUGUGUCCCUUAGCCUAGGAAGGACUUCAAGUGACACAAAAAAAGAGUUAUCCAAAUUAAUUUUGAGCAAAAAAGAGAAUGAUGAGAAGGAAGAAGAUAACCUAACCCUAGCAUUGGAUUGCAAGUUUCAAUCGUCUACGAAAUCUUCACCAUCAAAUCUCAGUCCAGAGAAUAGUUUAGGAGAAGUUAAGGACGACGAAAAAGGAGCUGAUCAAACUUGGCCACCUCACAAAGUUCUUAAGACGAUGAGGAAUGAAGAAGAGGAUAUGGUGCAACAAAACCCUACUAAAAGAGCAAAGGUUUCUGUCAGAGUUAGAUGUGACACCCCAACGAUGAACGAUGGAUGUCAAUGGAGAAAAUAUGGACAAAAAAUUGCAAAAGGGAACCCAUGUCCUAGAGCUUACUAUCGUUGCACGGUGGCACCAAAUUGCCCCGUAAGAAAACAGGUUCAAAGAUGCAUUCAGGACAUGUCUAUCUUGAUCACAACAUAUGAAGGAACACAUAACCAUCCACUUCCUCAUUCAGCCACAUCAAUGGCUUUCACCACUUCAGCAGCCGCUUCUAUGCUAUUAUCCGGUUCAUCCAGCUCCGGAUCGGGCCCCACAACCUCUGCCACAACCACCGCGCUCAACUAUUACCUAUCUGAUAACUCAAAACCAAACCCAUUUUAUAACCUUCCAAAUUCAUCCAUUUCUUCAUCAUCACAUUCUCAGUACCCUACAAUCACUCUCGAUUUAACAUCAAACUCGUCCCCUUCCUCAUUUCCCGGCCAACAUCACAGAACAAUCGCGAAUAGUAAUAAUUAUCACUCGCGAUAUAAUAAUAAUAAUAAUAAUUCGUCCACGAAUAUUCUCAAUUUCAGUUCCUUUGAAUCUAAUCAUCUUCUUCCCAUGUCUUGGAAUAACGGAAAUAACCAAACCUAUCACAAGAACCAAGAUAUCCAUUACCAGUCUUAUCUACAAAACAAUAUUAAAAGUGCGACGUCUGCACAAACUUUAUUACCACAAGAUACAAUUGCAGCUGCAACAAAAGCAAUAACAUCAGACCCGAAGUUUCAAUCUGCAUUGGCUGUUGCUCUUACAUCUAUCAUUGGCUCACGCGGCGGAAAUCAUCAUAUUGACGAAAAAUCUGGGCAGAAUUUGAAGGUUACUGAGCCAUUUCCAGUGCUUUGUAGCUUCCCAUCCAUCUCCCCUGGUGAUCACAAAGAUUACACACUAUGAUUCAUUUUAAUUUCUUUAGUUAGAGUUUUUG